CAAAAAUCAAAGAGGCUGGGAGGAGGAAGUGAGAAAGACUGAAUCGAUUGAUGAUUCGAAAUUUUGCCGCCGCGCGCCGGUUCUGUGCUGUACCGCGUUGGAUGCCGGCAAAUGGAAGACCUGCGUUGCUCGCUUCUGUGCAUUUGGUGAAGAGUUGAAGCUCCAUGUCGCUUUUGAGAUGUUGAGUACUUUCUCUCCGAAAUUUGCUGUUCUCAACUGGCUCCGUACAAGGCAGUCAUGGUGUGGCUGCUCUCGUCGUCCUCAUCCUUCACUCGGGAGCCACUGAAUACCUCUCCUCAUGCCUUUCUCAAGUCUUCCUGUUUCUAUCUCAUAACCCCUUUGCGUAUGAAGACCGGAAUUCCUCCCAGGCUACCAUCAUUAACGACUCGAGCCUCUUUUGAUGAUACAAGGGACCCAAUUUCGAAUCCCCCAUUUCUUCUUCAAGGUGAACUACAGACGAAGCAGGUCAGCCAGGGAAAUGAUGAUGUUGAUGACCAUUUUGAGGAAGUUGAUGAGAGUGUGAGGGUUCUUAAAACUGCAGCCAAAACAAGAAAGGUUUCAGCCGAAGAGAUUCUGGCAGCAUUUUCUGUGAUUGAGAAAGCCAAGGUUGAACCUUCAAGGUUUCUUGAAACUCUUGGUGGAACUGAAUCGCCUGGAAGAACCUGGAUGCUCGUUUUUACCGCAGAGAAAAGAUUGAGACGAGGACGAUAUUUCCCGAUUACUGCUGUUCAAAGAUUCGAUGCAGCUGCUAAGAGGAUUGAGAAUGGAGUUUAUCUAGGGCCACUUGGAAACGUUACAUUUGAAGGAAGAUUUUCGUGGAACAACAGAAUCCUUGCUUUCAUAUUUGAGCGGAUACGGGUAAAGGUCGGACCAUUUAACCCGUUUGAGAUCAGUUUUAAAGGAAAUGACGAGAGAGAACCAACCAAUACCGGUAAAUAUCCGUUUUUUGUUUGGUUUUACAUUGAUGAAGAAAUAGUUGUUGCUCGAGGAAAAAGUGGAGGAACAGCUUUGUGGGUCCGCUGCAAACGUGUUAGCAUGUAGUGAAAGCUUUGUUAUUGUACUUGGAUAAAUUCAGGACGUGUAAAUUAAUAGAUAAUUGCAACUCUAAUCUCUGUGACAUUGGGAGUGGAUUAAAAAUGCCAAAGUUUGCAUUACUUUAUCCUUCCCUUUAACUCAUGUACUCACGGUCUGUUUCGGUAAAAUGAUACACUUGCAGAGUUGCAGGGAUUGUCUAUAGACAGACAAGACAGUUAGAAAAUGGCACAUUUGAUCACUACGUGACAUUUCUCUAAAAAAAACAAGUCACAUGUGCCUUUUGC